CUGUUGGAGGUUCCAAUUAAAUCUCUGUGGACAAAGGGCACACGCACGCACGCGCACACACAGCAUCCUCAGAUAACAGGUUGCCAAUAAAUCCGUCAGCAACAUUCGCUUUCAGAGAGCAGUCCCUGCUGCCUUGCUAACAGCUACCGCACCUCACGAGUGCUCACACCAAUAUGGGCUCUAAGUGACUUUCGCUCAUCUGAGCAGACUUCUUCCCCUCUUCUGUAAAGGCUGCAGAAGACCUGCAGCUGUAACAGGACCCUCCCCAAGAACCUGAAGGAGACAAGUAUCCCACCCUGCCCUCGCCAUGCUCAGGACUGUUCUAGACACUCCUCAGAGGUGGCUGAAGGAGGGGAGAUCGUCUCGGCAGCUGGUGCUGGUGGUGGUGUUUGUUGCUCUGCUCUUGGACAACAUGCUGCUUACUGUGGUGGUGCCUAUUGUGCCCACCUUCCUGUAUGUCACGGAGUUCAAAGAAGUCAACUACUCUCUGCGCCUCGGCCGUGCCAAAAGUUCCCCGUCUGCCCUCACCUCUCCUGCUUUUUCCGCCAUCUUCUCCUUCUUUGACAACACCACGCUGGCUGUUGAAGAAAGUGCACCCAAUGGCACAGCACAGACAAAUGGCACUUCUGACAUCAGCCCCCCUCCAGUUACUGAAGCCGUCUCAGCACAUAGAAACAACUGCUUGCGAGGCACAGAGUUCUUGGAGAAAGAGAACACCCGUGUCGGGGUUCUGUUUGCUUCAAAGGCUAUAAUGCAACUUCUGGUCAACCCAUGCGUGGGACCUCUCACCAACAGGAUUGGAUAUCACAUUCCCAUGUUUGCUGGCUUUGUUAUCAUGUUUCUCUCCACAGUGAUGUUUGCUUUCUCUGGCACCUACUCCCUGCUGUUCGUGGCCCGAACCCUUCAAGGCAUUGGAUCUUCAUUUUCAUCUGUUGCAGGUCUCGGGAUGCUGGCAAGUCUCUACACUGAUGACAGGGAGCGGGGACGAGCCAUGGGGACCGCUCUGGGGGGCCUUGCCUUGGGACUAUUGGUGGGAGCUCCCUUUGGAAGUGUGAUGUAUGAGUUGGUUGGGAAGUCUUCUCCCUUCCUUGUCUUGGCCUUCCUGGCACUACUGGAUGGUGCUCUCCAGCUUUGCAUCCUACAGCCUUCCAGAGUCUCUCCGGAGAGUACCAAGGGGACUCCGCUCUUGACGCUUCUCAGAGACCCUUACAUCCUGGUGGCUGCAGGUUCCAUCUGCUUUGCCAACAUGGGAGUGGCCAUCCUGGAGCCCACACUGCCCAUCUGGAUGAUGCAGACCAUGUGCUCCCCUGAGUGGCAGCUAGGUGUGGUUUUCCUGCCUGCCAGUGUGUCCUACCUUAUCGGCACCAACCUCUUUGGGGUGUUGGCCAACAAGAUGGGGCGGUGGCUGUGCGCCCUGGUUGGGAUGGUGGUCGUAGGUACCAGCCUGCUCUGUGUUCCCCUGGCUCACAACAUUUUUGGUCUCAUUGGCCCCAAUGCCGGGCUUGGCUUCGCCAUAGGCAUGGUAGAUUCCUCUAUGAUGCCCACCAUGGGACACCUGGUGGACCUGCGCCACGCCUCCGUGUACGGGAGCAUCUACGCCAUCGCCGACGUGGCUCUUUGCAUGGGCUUCGCUAUAGGCCCAUCCACUGGGGGUGCCAUUGUGCAGGCCAUCGGUUUCCCCUGGCUCAUGGUCAUCAUUGGGAUCGUCAACAUUGUCUAUGCCCCUCUCUGCUGCUACCUGAGGAGCCCCCCAGCCAAGGAGGAGAAGCUUGCUAUUCUGAGCCAGGACUGCCCCAUGGAAACCCGGAUGUACGCAACCCAGAAGCCCACGAAGGAGUUUCCCCUGGGGGAGGACAGUGACGAGGAGCCUGACAAUGAGUAGUAGCAGCAGAGAUGGUCCCUGAGCCCCAACACGUGUGAACUCACGAGGCUCAGACUUCAGCCACCACCUGCUUCCCUGGAACCAGAUCACUGGGGGCUGCUCAGUGGGUGUCCCGUCCCCUCCCCUGGGCAUCUCCUUCCCUCUGCCCUUCUCACCUGUGUGACCCAUAGCUCUCCCUCUACACUUGGGGCCUCAGGUGGCCCGUGAUUUGUGGGAGGACAGAGUGAUGCUUUCUCCCAGGCUGCUGCGAGGUUUAUUAAACUUGAGC